AUGGACGGCCUCGAGGGUCUGGAGGACUUGGAGUUUCUAUCGCUUGUCUCCAAAGUCGUGAGCGAGCUGCAAAACCAUCUGGACGUCGAGAACAAGGACCUGGCCGAGUUCCUGAUCGCAAAACGAACAGAAUGCCCCAACCUAGCCGAAUUUAAGGCCACCAUGACCGGCAUGAGUGCCGCACUCUGGCCAGACAGUCUUCUCGAGAGUGUGGACCGCCUGGUCCAAACCAUGCAUCCCAAAUUCAAGGGCGCGACGAAAGAGGAUCACACCCACGACGCACAGCCAGCAGCACGAUCGCUGCAGCAGAAGGAGACGCUGUUCCCUGGCAUGGUCAUCCCAGACAGCACCAUCGAAGACUCCUUGUCCCUCCUGGAAGAACUGGAGCCCAAAUCACACGCUGCGAGACCCGACCGAUCGUUGAGAAAGCGUUCUCGAAGCCCGCACGACGAGUAUAUGGAUUCUAGGCAUGCGAGAAAGGAGAGGCGGCGGUCUCGAGACGACGACGAAUACCACAGAGGCCGAAAGGAGCGAAGGAGCAGACGAGAGCGUAAAUACGACACCGAGGACAACGACACGCUACGUCGUGCCCCGGAGGCAGAGAUUGACGAUGCUCCUGUACUAUACAAGGUGUAUGAUGGCCAUGUGACUGGUAUCAAAGACUUUGGCGCCUUCGUCAACCUACACGGGGUACGGGGCAAAGUCGAUGGCAUGGUGCAUAUAUCCAACCUGGUUCAAGGGCAGAGGGUCAACCAUCCCUCGGAUCUUCUUUCGCAGGGCCAGCAGGUCAAGAUCAAAGUCACCAAAAUCGAGGGCACUCGAAUCGGACUCUCCAUGAAGGACGUGGAUCAAGAGACUGGCGCGGAUCUGGCGCCGCAAGCACGUAUAGGGUCGGGUGCAAAUAUGGAGAGCCUAGGUGGCUCAGGUGCAAAUAUGAUAAGCCUGGGCGGCAGAAACGGCUUCGGCGGAAGGCCAGACGACAAUUUGGCCGCUCUUUCAGAAUAUACUGGUCCCCCGAGACGGCAUAAGAAGCGGAUGACUUCACCAGAACGCUGGGAAAUUCGACAGCUCAUUGCUUCGGGUGUCGCGAAAGCUUCAGACUAUCCUGAGCUCGAGGAAGACUACAACGCCACCCUCAAGGGCGAAGGGGACAUGGAGCUCGAGGAAGAAGUCGACAUCGAGGUUCGCGAAGAGGAGCCACCAUUUCUUGCAGGGCAAACUAAGCAGUCUUUGGAGCUGUCCCCAAUCCGGGUAGUGAAAGCUCCGGAUGGAUCUCUCAACCGCUCAGCCAUGUCUGGGACCACGCUGAUCAAAGAGCGAAGAGAGCUGCGCCAGCAGGAGGCCGAGGCGGCCGAGGAAGAGUCCAAGGUUGAUCUGUCAGCACAGUGGCAAGAUCCAAUGGCGAACCCCGACAGUAGGAAGUUCGCCAGCGACCUACGAAACACGAAAGCAAACGCAGCAUCGGCAGAAGCCGUGCCCGAAUGGAAACGCGCCAUCGUAUCCAAAGACCAAUCCUUCGGGAAACGUACGACCAUGUCUAUCAAGCAACAAAGAGAAAGCCUGCCUGUAUAUGCCUUCAGAGAUCGGCUCAUCGACGCUGUGAGGGAGAACCAGAUCUUGAUUGUGGUUGGCGAGACAGGCUCUGGCAAGACUACGCAACUCACACAGUAUCUGGCUGAAGCUGGUUUUGCCAACGAUGGCAUCAUAGGAUGCACGCAGCCACGACGAGUGGCAGCUAUGUCCGUAGCCAAGCGCGUUGCUGAAGAGGUCGGUUGUGAACUUGGCCAAGAAGUCGGUUACACCAUUCGAUUCGAAGACAAGACGAGCCCGGCCACGAGGAUCAAGUACAUGACGGACGGUAUGCUGGAGCGUGAAACCCUGGUGGACCCGGAUGUGAAGAGGUACUCUGUCAUCAUGCUGGAUGAGGCCCACGAGCGUACCAUCUCGACCGACGUCUUGUUCGCACUUCUCAAGAAGACCCUAAAACGUCGGCCUGACCUCAAAGUCAUCGUCACAUCCGCUACCCUCGACGCUGACAAGUUUUCCGCCUAUUUCCACGAAUGUCCCAUCUUCACGAUACCGGGUAGAACGUUCCCCGUCGAGAUUCUCUAUUCCCGAGAACCUGAAUCCGACUACCUUGAUGCUGCCUUGGUCACGGUCAUGCAAAUUCACCUGACAGAACCUAGUGGUGACGUACUAUUAUUCCUGACUGGUCAGGAAGAGAUUGAUACCGCAGCCAGCAUCCUAUACGAACGCAUGAAAGCUCUGGGGCCAAAUGUUCCUGAGCUAGUCAUAUGCCCAAUCUACUCUGCCCUCCCGAACGAGGUGCAAUCCCGCGUGUUCGAUCCCGCACCACCGGGCAGCAGGAAGGUUGUCAUAGCCACCAACAUUGCCGAGACAUCGAUUACGAUCGAUGGAAUUUACUACGUGGUCGACCCGGGCUUCGUCAAGCAGAACAGUUACGAUCCCAAGCUUGGAAUGGACUCGUUGGUAGUGGUUCCAAUAUCGCAAGCUCAGGCUAAUCAGCGUGCCGGCCGUGCUGGUCGAACUGGUCCUGGAAAAUGCUUCAGGCUCUACACAGAAGCAGCCUAUCAGUCGGAAAUGCUACCAACUACGCCGCCAGAGCUACAGCGCCAAAAUCUGGCUCAUACUAUCCUCAUGUUGAAGGCGAUGGGCAUCAAUGAUCUUCUCCACUUCGACUUCAUGGACCCUCCUCCUACCAACACCAUGCUCGAAGCGCUAGAAACUCUCUACGCUCUGUCCGCGCUGGAUUCGGAGGGUUUGCUCACACGGCUAGGCCGCAAGAUGGCCGACUUUCCCAUGGAGCCUGCUCUAGCCAAAGUUCUCAUAGGAUCUGUUGAAAUUGGCUGUUCGGACGAAAUCCUAAGCAUCGUUGCAAUGCUCAAUCUUCCCAAUGUCUUCUACCGUCCAAAGGAAAAGCAAACACAGGCCGAUCAGAAAAAGGCCAAGUUCCAUGAUCCACACGGGGAUCAUCUUACACUUCUCAACGUGUACAAUGCCUGGAAGCAAAGUGGCUUUUCCGCUCCUUGGUGCUUCGAGAACUUCAUCCAGGCCCGCUCCAUGAAGCGAGCGAAAGAUGUCCGCGAUCAGCUGACGACAAUCAUGAAGCGAUAUCGUCAUGCUAUCAUGUCCUGUGGGCGUGACACCCAAAAGGUCAGACAAGCCCUAUGCUCCGGCUUUUUCCGCAACUCGGCCAGAAAGGACCCCCAAGAAGGCUUCAAGACACUUGUUGAAGGCACCCCAGUGUAUCUGCACCCAAGCUCCGCGCUGUUCGGCAAGCAAGCCGAGUGGGUGAUUUACCACACCUUGGUCAUGACAUCCAAGGAAUACAUGCACUGCACGACAGCCAUCGAGCCAAAAUGGCUUGUCUCGGCAGCGCCGACCUUCUUCAAGGUUGCUCCCACCGAUAAGCUCAGCAAGAGGAAGCAGGCUGAACGGAUUCAGCCCCUGUAUAACAAGUACGCCGCAGAAGACGACUGGAGACUCAGUGCUCAGCGGAAGGGCGGAAGGGGUGGUGGAGGUGGUGGCACUUGGGGCUAG